UUCCCCUCCCCAGCAGUUGACGUAGUCAGAAGGAUACUUUAAGUCACGGGACACUGCUCACCCCAGACACUGCUGCUGCUCAGAAAUCCUGGGACAUCUGACAUACAGCUGGCAGAAGGGCUCCUCGGGCCAGGUCUCUGUCUGAUGGCUUUUAAGAAAAAAUAUCUCCCCCCCCUUCUGGGGUUCUUCUUGGCCUACUACUACUAUUCUGCGAAUGAGGAAUUCAGACCAGAGAUGCUCCAAGGAAAGAAAGUAAUUGUCACAGGGGCCAGCAAGGGGAUUGGAGAACAGAUGGCCUAUCAUCUGGCAAAGAUGGGAGCCCAUGUGGUGGUGACGGCAAGGUCUAAAGAAACUCUAAAGAAGGUGGUAUCCCACUGCCUAGAGCUUGGGGCAGCAUCUGCACACUACAUUCCUGGCACCAUGGAGGAUAUGAACUUUGCAGAGCAAUUCGUGGCCAAAGCUGGAAAGCUCAUGGGGGGACUAGACAUGCUCAUCCUCAACCAUAUCACCAACACUUCUAUGAAUCUAUUUAGUGGUGAUAUCCACUUGGUGCGCAGAAGCAUGGAAGUCAACUUCCUCAGUUAUGUGGUCCUGAGUGCUGCUGCCUUGCCUAUGCUGAAGCAGAGCAACGGAAGCAUUGUUGUCGUCUCCUCAAAGGCUGGGAAAAUGUCUUCUCCACUUGUUGCACCCUAUUCUGCAAGCAAGUUUGCUCUGGACGGAUUUUUCUCCUCUGUCAGGAUGGAACAUUCAGUGACCAAGGUCAAUGUGUCGAUCACUCUCUGUAUCCUCGGCCUCAUAAACACAGACACAGCCAUGAAGGCCGUUUCUGGGAUACUCAGCACAGUAGGAGCAUCUUCAAAGGAAGAAUGUGCCCUGGAGAUCAUCAAAGGGGGAGCUCUGCGCCAAGAGGAAGUGUACUAUGACAACUCAGUCUGGACAGCUUUCCUACUGGGAAAUCCAGGGAGGAAGAUCCUGGAAUUCUUGUCAUUAAGAAGUUAUAAACUGGACAAAUUUAUAAACAACUAAGCACUUCCUUAGGAUGCAGCAUGGGAAGGGACUGUUCAUCCUGAUAUUACCUGAGCUCCAUCCAUGAAGGCAUCUCCCCGGAGAGACAAAUAACUGAGUGUCCCAAGAGAGUUGGAAGUCACACAUCACAUCUCACAAUUUGAAGGAGUUCCUCUAACACUUGCACAGUGGAAAUGUAAUUAUAAUGAAUGUCAUGAACCACUGCAACCUGUGGUCAUGAAAAUGAUAGUAACCAGAGGUACGAUUAAAAAGUAGUUCUAUCAAAUUUACCUCAUAUAUAAUAUUAUGAUUAAUACAAUAUUAAUUAUAAUAAAGGUCAUAUCCACUUUAUAAAUUCAUAA